UUGUAGUGUUGGAGGGGGUUCCCUAUGACAAACACCAAUUUUUUUCUGAAGCAGAAGCACCAGGCUACGAAGCUCCAGACUCCACAACCCGAGCGAAGCGAAGGACACAAACACACAAGGUGAAGAAGAGGACGCACCGCACACAGACACAGAGAUGGAAGACCCAAUCCAGUUGAAAGAUGAUGGUAACAAGCACUUCCUAGCGGGAGAGUUUGACCAGGCCAUUGACUGCUACACUAAAGCCGUCAAGUCUUGCAAGGAUGAGAAGGUGUUGGCUGUCAUCUACAGAAACCGAUCAGCCUGCUACCUGAAAAAGGAAAACUACACAAAUGCGGCCACUGAUGCAUCCAAAGCCAUUGACGUUGAUGCAGCCGACAUCAAGGCCCUGUACCGGCGCUGUCAGGCACUGGAGAAGCUGGGGAAGCUGGACAUGGCCUUCAAGGACGUACAGAGGUGUGCCACCAUCGAGCCCAAGAACAAGACCUUCCUGGAGACCCUGCGUAGGCUGGGAGCUGAGAUCCAAGCAAAGCUCAAGACAAGCUUCUCCACAGACUCACGAGUACAGAACAUGUUUGACAUUCUCCUUGAUGAGGAAAUGGAGAAGGAUAAAUUGGAAAAGGCUGCCAACAACUUGAUAGUUCUGGCCAGGGAGGAUGCAGGCGCUGAGAGAAUCUUCCAGAACAACGGAGUGCCGUUGCUAAUGAAUAUGAUGGAGACAGGCAAGCCAGAGAUGGUCCUGGCUUCCAUACGUACCCUGGCUGGGAUGUGUACGGGGCACAAAGCACGGGCCAUGGCCAUCAUUCACAUGGUGGGAAUUGACAAAAUGUGCAGCGUUAUGGCUGUUGACAAUGAAGACCUUGCAUUGGCAACGUGUGACUUGUUCCAGUGUAUCAAUGACUCCCUCACUGGUGGAGAUAAAAGGAUUUAUGGAAAAGAGGAGGCACUGGUGCUUGAUGCUAGUAAGGACCUGAAGACCAUCUUGCUGGCCUUGCUGGAAAUGGUGGCUGGUAGGAAGGUGUCUGGACAUGGCAGAGACCAAGCCCUAAACCUCCUCUGCAAGAAUGUUCCUCGCAAGGACAAGAAAGAUACCGACCACUCUAAAACCCUUUUCACUAUUGACCAUGGUCUGAAGAAGAUCCUAAAGGUGUGUGGCCAGAUCCCGGACCUUCCAGACCAGCUGCCGAUGACAGACAACACCCAGCUGAUAGCCAGCGUGCUCCUCAACAAGCUGUACGACGACCUGCGCUGUGACCCCGAGAGAGACAACUACAGGGACAUCUGUGACGAGUACAUCAAGAGCAAGUUUGACCCCAAGGACAUGGACAAGAACAUCCAUGCCAUCAACGCCCUCUCCGGCCUGCUGCAGGGCCCCUUCGAGGUGGGCAACAUCCUGGUGGGCCGGCAGGGCAUCAUGGAGAUGAUGGUGGCUCUCUGCGGCUCCGAGCGCGAGGUGGACCAGAUGGUGGCUGUGGAGGCCCUCAUCCACUCCUCCACCAAAAUGAGCAAAGCCUCCUUCAUCAUUACCAACGGGGUGACGCUGCUCAAAGACAUCUACAAGAAGACCAAGAAUGAAAAGAUCAAGAUCCGUGCCCUGGUUGGCUUGUGUAAACUGGGAUCCGCCGGAGGAGAUGAUUACAGCAUGCGGCAGUUUGCAGAGGGAUCCACAGAAAAACUUGCUAAGCAAUGCAGGAAGUGGCUGUGUAACCCCCUCAUAGAUGUGAGGACCAGGAAGUGGGCUAUAGAAGGCCUGGCCUAUCUGACCAGCGACGCUGACGUGAAAGACGACUUUGUUGACGAUGAGGCUGCCAUGAAAGCUAUGUUUGAACUAGCCAAGUCUAAAGAUAAGACCAUCCUGUAUUCUGUAGCUUGCACGCUAGUGAACUGUACCAACAGCUAUGACAAGAAGGACAUCCUUCCAGAGCUGGUUCAGCUGGCCCAGUUCUCCAAGCAGCAUGUGCCUGAGCAGCACCCCAAGGACAAGAAGGACUUCAUCGAGAAGAGAGUGAAGAGGAUGCUGAAGGCCGGAGUCACCUCCGCUCUCACCGUCAUGGUCAAAGCAGAUAACUGUAUCCUGACGGACCAGACCAAGGAAAUGCUGGCCCGGGUGUUCCUGUCUUUAGCAGCAGACCCUAGGGAUCGUGGGACCAUUGUGGCUCAAGGAGGUGGCAAGGCCCUGAUCCCAUUGGCUCUGGAGGGUACAGAAUUAGGAAAGGUGAGGGCCAGCCACGCGCUGGCCAAGAUUGCAGCUGUUACCAACCCAGAGAUGGCAUUCCCUGGAGAGAGGGUCUAUGAAGUCAUCCGUCCUCUUAUAAACCUUUUAGGAACCGACAAAGAUGGGCUGGAAAACUAUGAGGCUCUGAGGAGUCUAACCAACCUGGCUGGUUACAGUGACAAGCUGAGAGUGAAGAUUCUAAAGGAGAAGGCUCUGCCUGAGAUUGAGAACUACAUGUUUGAAGAUCAUUAUCAGAUCAGAGUGGCUGCCACGGAGUGCAUGUGUAACCUGGUGACAUGCAAAGAGGUUCAGGAGCGGUACCUGCAGGAUGGAAACGAUAAGCUGAAGCUCCUGGUGCUGCUGUGCAGUGAGGAGGAUGACAAGCUGCAGAGAGCGGCUGCAGGGGCUCUGGCCAUGCUCACUGCCUCCCAGAAGAAGCUGUGCACUAAGAUGACCCUGGUGACCACUCAGUGGCUAGAGGUCCUACAAAGGUUGUGUCUCCACGACAACCCAGAGAUCCAGCACAGGGGCCUGGUGACCGUGUUCAACAUGCUCAACUCGGACGACAACGAGCUGGCCAAGAAGCUGAUCGAGUGUGAGAUGCUGGAGAUCCUCACAGUGAUUGGCAAGCAGGAGGACAACCCCAAGAGGCAGCCUGUGAUCGAUAUAGCACGCACCUGCCUGGUCAAGGCCAUGGAGCUGGGUCUCAUCAAGCCCUUCUCCAGCCCCUCUUAG